AGUGAACAGUCAGGGCAGCCUCCUCCCUCUUGUGCUUUAAGCCCAGGAUUAAUCCAUUCUCUCUCACACACACACACACAUAUGAACUCUGAGGCUCGGGUCCGGUUUGUACUUCGCGGGCUCCUCGUGCAUGUGGCCGCAGAGAAGACGUCAGCAGAGGGGGGAUCAGCACCCUGGACAGCGGCGGCUGGUCAAUAAUAAAACCGCCGGAGAAAGUCGCUUCCCUGCCCGGGGAAAGAGCUGGAUCUACAACCGGAGACGGUGCAGGGUUCGGGGAAAACAAGGGCUUGUUUACAGGAUGACAGCCUCCUCUUCUUCUUCUGCUUCUUCUUCUCCUCUCUAUUCCGGAAGUAGCUGCUGCGUUGGUUCAAUCUCCAAGCCGACCAUUUCGAGGAGGAAAAUCAGCGCCAGCAGUAUCAUCACCACCAUCUAUCUGAUCCAAUAAUCAAUGCCAUUACUGCUGUGUAAUUGCUCUCGGAUGCGAAGACAUCUCCAUGCGUCUUCCCUCUUUUUUCCUCCCUGAUUAGAAAAAUAAUCUCACGGUGCCUUUUUUUUUAAUCCUCCUCCUGCUUCUCUUUGACAUUUUUUCGUUGCGAUGAAAUGCUGAUGGACAUCGAGCGAAGAUGGGAAACAUGGGGCUCUCGGGUGUUUUUGUGCCGCUGCGCUCCUCUCUAGGCUCGGGAAAAUGCAAAUGAAAAGGAUUGUGUUUCUCAUCUCGACGUGGAUUGUCGUGUCGAUGAAUGGUUUGGAUUUUUCAAGGAGAUGAAAUAGAAACGAGGAGAGAAGGAGAGAGAAAGAGGAGGGAUAGAAAAAUGGACCAUGAUCUGAGGAAUGGGAUGGUACAAUGAAGGGACAAUAAGAUAUUUUUUAAUCAGAUCUGAACAAAAACUCCCAUUUCAUCUCUUCACCCUCUUGGCUUUUUUUGGAUUAUGAUUCUUGACAAGAGUCCCAGAUGUGACUGUAUGGAUGGCAUGUUGUUGUUGUUGUAUUUUACAUCCCAUCUUCUCUUUCCUGCCUGUGUGCUCCUCUCUCUUCCACUCGUCCACUCUCUCGCUGUCUUCUGCUUUGGGUAGCAAAAACAUGUAGGCUAUUUUUUUUUCUUCCCUCUCCUCUUUUUUGCAGCAAAAGCCCACAGAGAGAGAGAAAAAAAAAACACGGAGAGAGAGAAAAUGGACCGUGGAAAUGAGAGAAAAAGGCGAACAAGUUGUAGUGUUUUUCUGGGGUGCGGUGGAAGAUGCAUCUAGACGAGUUGUUUGAGUAAUGAAUAUUGAAAGAGUGUGUCGGCCAGCUGAAAGGGAAAAUCUUUCAUCCGCAUUGGCUUAGACACACAUGCCAUCAGUGGGGCGAGAUCCUUUGUGGAAUCAUUAAGAAAUACUCCACUGAGAAUGACCCUGAUGGUUUUAUAGACCCGUAAUAAUAAUAGAGUUCAGGCACAAACACUUGGUUGACUGGUUCGUUUUGUAUGUAGCCAAACAUGUUCAAGUAUCGGAUCCGCAUGUUUUUCAAUGAACUGAAAGUCCUGGUGUUUAUGCGAUCCGAUUCGAGACAGUCCGGUUCAGACACAGAGAGACGGUCCAACACCAACACCACCGCCGCCACCAUGCGAGGUCUGGGGAUGGGCGGCUGCGGCUGGCCCCCGUUCGUCGACUGCCAUUCCCGGGACGACGAGGAGGAGUACUACGGCAGCGACCCGCGGCCCCGGAGCCUGGCGUUUGAGGACAAGGAGCCCAAGCUGCAAGUGGGCCUGGACGCCGUGUCUCUGGCCAGCACCGCGAGCAGCCUGCGGACCCCCCAGUGCCGGAUCUGCUUCCAAGGCCCAGAGCAGGUAGACGUAUACAUGCAGCAGAGGAUGGAUGAGGCAGACAGACAGAGAGACAGGCUGUUUGUUUCACGUUAGGGGGAUUUUUUUUAUUGUAGCCGUGCACGGAUUGAUCCAGGUCAGCUCGAUUUGUUUUAUUUUGAGGGUUUCUUGAACCAAAACCACACUGGGCUCUCUAUUGUAAUCUGCCAUUUUGAUUUUUUGUUACACAGCAAAUCACAAAGGGUCUCUGGAGCUACUACAACCAUCCUGUCCUACAUCUCUCUCUCUCUCUCUCUCUCUCCCUCUCUCUCUUUCUUCCACCCACCUUCCCCUCAACUGCCUCCUCUGAAAAAAACAAUCUAGGAUGAAGCCUAGGUUGCUCUCAUUUAAAAAUAGUCACAACAGUGUGGUUUAUAAGACGGGGAAAAUCACCUUUUCUCCAAUCUUUACAUUUUAGAGGCAAACACAGCUUAUUUUUUCUUCUUCUUCUUCUGAUGAUGAUGAUGUGUAAAUCACACUGUUUUCGUAGCUAAUCAGUGGGGGAGAGGCAGCAGUUCCCACACAUCUGAAAUCCGGCCAGCAUAGCAACAAAGAAAGUUAGCCAAUUAGGUCUGCAGGAUGACAAACAGAGUGAGAGGGACUGAAUAUGCAUGACUCACAAUCAUUUUGUUAAUGUGUAAAUCAACUGUCCCCCCGUCUGCAUGUGUCACUCCACAGGAUGAUCAGCUAUUGAUCCGCUUGACGAUCACCCUCCCCUGGCCAGACAAUGGUGUCUGUGACGGUGGAGAAAUUAAUUUGUCCUCCCCUCUCUCUCUCUCUCUCUCUCUCUCUCUUUGUUUCUAUCUUUAUUCGGCUCAGUCUGCUGCUGCUGCUGCUGCUUAAAUUUCCCGCAGCCCAAACAAAACAAUAAGUAGUUCCUCUCUUUGGUCGGCGGCCAAAUGUCGAUCUGACCAGAUGUGCAGAAACCUGUGCCGCCUGGCUCAGCAGGUAGUCCUGAAGCCUGAGAUAAUUAGAAACACUGUAAAUCCUGUAGGAGCACAGAUGGAUAUUACCAUUUAGUCACUUCCCUAAGAUAGGCGUAUAGUGCUAUUACAGCCCAUGUGCUAAUUUAUGACAUCUGCCUUGGAGUUUUUAUUGUGAGACAUAGUAAACUGGAGAGCCAUGGGACAGGAGAUAAAUCAGCCCGGGCUUGUUUUGGACACGCAGUCAUUUCAUGUUACAGACGGGGAUCGACCCCAGGUUGCGGUCUUGCCCACUCAAACAUCCUGCGUUAAUAAAAGGUUGAUGUUUUGGGCUCUCCGGCAAGGUGACUCAUCGUGCAACAUGGCUCUGAGCUGCCUCUUUUAGCUACAGACAAAGAGCAAGCAAACAAAGCAGUAUGGGAAAACCCUGAGACUUCACAACAUCACUCUGAAAUUAGCUGAUUUCUUCAGUUUUUUUGCAGAAGUGGCUCGUGCCUCCUCAGGUGCAGCGAGGAGGGUGGGCUCACAUUUGCCAUUUUAUUGUUAUUUCAUUAUUCAGGCGGGUCACAACAGGGGCCAGGAUCAUGUCGCUGUCAGCGGGCCAAUUACCUGCACACAUAAUCACCUUGCUCUGUGGGCCGCACAGAGCAUGAAUCCUUAUUAACUGUCUGUCAAAGCCGUCAGUUUGCUUCAGUAGCGGGAGGAUGUGACUCCACUUAACGCUGUUUGGAUUCUCAGAAGUGUUACCAGAGCCUGCUGGAGGGGCCCGGCCGUGUGUGUGAGCUUUGCAUGGGCAUGUCAGAGCGAGAGGGUGGAGGAGUGAGUGGUGGUGAUCAACCCUGCCUGGCCUUUUCACUCGAGGUGCCCAACAGUGUGUUUCCACAGUGACACACAGUCUGGAGCUCAGAGGGGCAACUUCAACGCCGAAAAUUUGAGUCUAAAGGUUACAGCUGAGGAGGAACACCGUUUUCUUAGUCAUAGCAGUGACACACCAAAUUAACACCUUCAUGCUCUGUGAAGUGGCCGUCAGGGACAAACCCACGCCGGAUCAUGCGAGCAGGCGGAGCAGGAGUGUUUGUGUGUGCGUUUGCAUGUGUUGUGCAGCCGCUGUGCUUGUUAGUGAGCGGGGAUAAAUAUAUUUUUCUAAUUAUCAGCCAAUCGCACUAAAAGAUCAAAACCAGGCAUGAAUUGAUCCUCCUAAUGAGAAGUGUCUGUGCAUGCAAACCUGAUGCAUAUCUUGUUAAAGAAGCCUGGAAGCGUUUUCUGAUCUCAUGCGAGCGUCAACACGGAAACAUCCUCUGACAGCGUCUUCUACGACCAUUACAGCUUGUUAUUUUAUGAUGUGACAGCACUGUGGUUCAGGUUUGGUGAGGAUUAGGCACCAAAAUAACGAGGUUAGGUAGAGAAGUAUCGUGUUUCCAGUUAGUAUGAGUUUCUUUUUGCCAUGUUUGUGUCUUUGGUUAACUCGUUCGUCCACUUUGACCUUUUUCUGUGUCAGUUUUGUAGCUUUAAGACAAAAUCACCUGAUUCCUCCCAUUGUCCUUGUCACUGUUACUACGGCCGAAGGAGGGCUUUGUCACUUUAAAGUCAGAGCGUCUGUUCUGUCUCUUGCACAAUGAUAAGAUGAACAGUCUCCAAAACGCACGACAGACUAAACUAGAUGGAUUUUUCCAUUCUGCUGUGAAAACUCAAAUCUCUCAGAGUCAAAAUAUGUCCUCAACCGCGCCGAGCGUACAAGUGUGGACAUAAAUCUGAUUUGAAGAUAUUACUGCAAGAAAUCAAAACUAAAGCAAGUAUUUUGUCUCCCUGGACUCAAACUGAAGCACAUUCAGCUGACAGGUCCAGAAAAACAUCUUAUUUCAGGCUUUUUUAUUAUAUACUUGGCUGUUAAAUACUUGCUUUUGAUUGGUCUAUAGCCUCUUGACAUCAGCUGUUUAUUCUGAAUGGCAAAACAGAUGGGAUGGGAUGUGGAUAUCCAGUAUUUUUAAGCUCAUAUUGGCUGAUAUCGAUACCAUUAUAUACCCACAUUUUUCCCAAUUGUAAAGGACAACAAAUCUCCUCAGAAACAGACAAAAAACAUUUAAUUUUAAUUUAUUUAUUUUCGAAUCUAAACAUUCAGUAAAGUGUCCGCUGUCUGUUUACGACACUUCAAAAUACAUUAUACACAGUCAUAUGUGGAUGUUUUCCAUUUAUAUGUACAUUGGCUCACCUUUUAUUAUUUAACCAACAAUUAAAUUUCCAUUUCUGCAGAUAGAGAUGACUGAUUAUUAAAGCUUUAAGACUGAUAAUAAAGUGCAUACCAGGAAAACAGAGUAGAAAGUGAAAAUCUGCAAGCUGCUAAGUCAAAGAGACAUCUACCAAACUGAAGAAAACAGACACAAAGUAAUAACAAUAAUAAUAAUACAUUUUAUUUAUAACACAUUUUUACAGGUUUAUGCUUUUCAAGAAACACAAUUUAAAAUACAGAAAAUUUGGAGUAAUAAGACCAAAAAUGUAAAAGGUUAAAAAAGACAUAAUAUUUAAAGACAAUAAAUUCUGAUCUGAAAUGCCAGUUAAGUUUCCUAAAUUAUUUUAAGUCACAUAAUGAGAUGGUUUUUCUAUCUCUUUAGCUGUUUCUACUCAUUAGUCUGUAGUAUCUUGAAACAGACGUGCCGUAUCAGUAUGGUUCAUAUUAAAGCUCCUGUUAGGAACUUUCUGUUUGUGUUGAUUUUGGCGCCCCCUGUGGACAAAGCAGUAUCUCUAACAUAUUUCCCUUUUUGCUCUGUAAGUGUUUUUUUUUUUAUCACCGAAUAUCCUACUUUGACUCUAACGGUGUGUCUUACUUUGAGCCUUUGCUGAUUCAUAAUCUCGCUCUUCAUCGUCUCCUCUGACACCUCCCCCCUCACUGCUGUUACAGGCAUUCAAAAUCACAACAUGGAAGUUUUCAAUCUGGUCGGUGACGCUGUUUGCUUUCUUUUUCCAGGCCACACACAAAGAGCCAGUUUUGUUCAUUUCAGUCUGUUUCGUAAUCGGUCCAAACUUCUCUCAGGAGCUUUAACGACAUCAGACAUUUUUAUUAGAAAUCAGAUAACACGGGCUUAGUUUUGAUUCGUCGCAGCGCAGUGAUUGUAAUAAGUGAAAUGGCCAUCACACUCUAAAGUGUUCCACUAAAACACACAAUGGCUUGUUUUGGCUUUGUUCAGACUGCUGGCAGAUCAGAUUUGUUCCUUAAAUCUAAUCCUUAAAAUAGAAUAUCCGCUCUGUUAUUUGCAAGUAUUUAGAUUGGAUUUAAACGUCCAGACCUAAGCAGCCAUGUCUCAAUAAAACAGAAAAAACAUUUGUGCAUGUGAAUGUAAAAUCUGUCAUCAUGAGAUAUGAAUUCUUGGUGUUGGAGGCGUUCUUGGUUUCUGUUUGGAGUCUGUUGGAGGGAAGUACUGACCCGUCUGAGCCGUCUGUGGUUGCAUACAGGAAAACAGUAGACGCUUAAAGCCAAAAGAGACAGAUACCCGCCAGAUCGGGCGAUUGUCUGACAUGGAUUUAGCCUUUUGUUAUCUUUUGAAACAAUUAUCUGCGUUCAGAGGGAGAUAACUGUGCUCUAAGAUUAAUUGUAGGUGUUGUCUCUUUACUCCAUCUACAUUCGCUGGCAGGAAUGCGCAAAUCUUGACCCAGAUAAAUGUCUAUCUGUUAUCCAAAUACCAGCUGGCUCCACCAGAAACCCUUCAGUUUUGGCAGUUGCCUCUAUUGGCAGAGUCACCGUUAAACAACAACCUUAUACCCAUCAGUCUCAGUGGUUUGUUUGUUGAAGGAAAGCUGUCGCUAACUAUGCACGCCGAUGACACGCCUUUCUACCUCAGAGGCGUUUGAUAUGAAGCUCAUCCAUCAUCUCGCCCUCCAAACAAUCCCUCCGUUAUUUUCUUUUGUUCACCUUUGCUCUCUUUGUCGCCCUCUCAACCUCUCUGAUCCACUUCAGUCACUCUGGAUUUGUCGUUGUUGUUGUGUUUUGUUUGGAUUUCCUCAAAUCAAUUUGGAUAAAAUCAAAGAUUUGGACUGCAAUUCUGAAAAAGGCCUUCGAUCCAGUUAGGCUUACCGCUGCCUUCAGGAUCCACAAGAUCAAAACAUGUCUAUUAAUCCACAGCUUGAAAUCGUCCCAAACUAAUGCCCACCUGGAAAAAUUGAACUAUUUCUGCACAUGACUGCUCUGUAGUCCUUUAACGGGGUUUGUCAACAGUAACAGAAUACAGUCUUAUCCUGUAAAAUCUCGGAGGUUCGUAGUAAAACUGAUGUGGGUUCACAGUCCACUUCACUGUGUGCUCAAACGCAGUACAACUCCACAAGUUUUAUUUGAGCGUGUGCACAUCCUGCCAGUCCAGAUGUGACCUUUCAUGUCUCUUUCUCUGUUUUUUUUGUUAUACUCUGCUGUGUGCUGCCUUCAGGUACACACAUUGACUCUCAAAUGGGAAAAACCUGCAUAUGGCAAAGAAAAAUAGAAAGGCACGGACCUCCAACAAGGCCAAUAGUCCUGUCGUCUUUUUAAUGGAAAUCUACAAGGGCGACCACUAUACAAGUCAGGAUAUAUUAUCAGAGGACUCACAUAAACUCACGCUGUGAAUAGCAGGAGCUUUGUUAUUUCCUCUCUGCUUUUACCGUGUUCCUCCACAGCGGAAAUCUCCUAAUUCCUCACAUACUCUGAGGAUGUUAUAUUGUUAGAUUUGUACAAAUUAUAAAUGGUUGGACUCAAGAAAGCUUGAACAGAGUCAGUAUGAGCGUGAGCAGACAUUUUUACUCUGACCAAACAGACCUGAUGGAGGUGGCGGUGUGGAUACCGUCUGAAACUCCAGGGUUUGGUCGGCCAAAAUGAGAGUUUUAACCUCAUAAAGUCAAAUUAUAUCUAUUUAAAGCUCCUAGGAGGAUUUUUUAUAUUUACGAAACAGACUGAAAUCAAUAUUAGUGCCUUUUCAUGAUACACAAAAGCAAAUAAGACCAUCAGAAACAACACUUAAUUGGACUAAGCUCAUAAUUUUUUAUUUUUCGCCGAAUCGGACUUCUCUCCUUGUCCUCGUUUACAUGCAGCUGAGAAAAUGUAAUCAUUGACGUGAACGUGUCCUCCUCCCCAAAACUAGGGGGCGAUAUGGGUCUUUUCAGCGGCGCUGUGCUUUGUUUGUUUCAACAACAGCAGGUCGGUGUCAGACGUUGGAAGUGUCUACAACUGCUGCUGGACAUUUUCGAACAAGAAGAUGGAGCAUCGUACAGCGUUGUUUUUGUCCGACAUGAUGGACGCGCUACUUUUUCUAAAGAUGAGACGCACGCUACUCCUCUACUCUGGUGUUUUUGUUCCAGGAUUACGGGGGUGUGGCGCAUGCACACAUGCAUUGUCCGAUCAUACUCCGACUACGAUGGUUACAGGGUAGAGAAAAUCGAAUUCCAAUCGCAUUAUCUGGGUGUCUUAAUCAGAGUCGGACUGAGGUGUUUACAUGCACUUCAGUUGUCCGGUCUUAAUCAGAGUAAGGCGAUAAUUCGGCUUUCUCGAGUGUCAUGUAAACAUACUGACUGAUGAUCUUUCUAUUGUAGUUUUUAAAGAUUAAAACCUUUGUAGGGGGUAGGUGUCAGCUGAGCAGCCUUAAAAACAUUUACCUUAUUUUGUGGGAAUAAAUUUUAGAGGACAACUUCAGACAGGCGCCAAAAUUUGACCUGACCCAGGAGCUUUAAAUGAAAGUGUUGACAAAGGUUUUGAUAUUAACGGGCAACUUUAAAUUCUUAAUUCAACAAGUUUUAGGUUCAAUAAUUUAAAGUAAAGAAAACUACAGACAUCUGUCUCACCAAUCAGGUUUUAACAGAGGUCACUUCUUGGAUCCACCUCUGCUUGGCCUUUAUUGAACUUUGAUUAUUUUUCAUUAAAACGGGAGCAGAAGUUUUUCUCUCAUUCAGCUCAAAAAAGAGGAAAAGAGAAAACAUAACCUUGAAGACAGAAAUCGGUUUCUAAAAAGCGCCUCAUGUCCAUUUUUGUUCAGUUAGCUGCAGAUGAAUUUGAUGGUGUAAGUCAUCUCAGUGAGGUCAACUCUACGGUAUUUUUAUUUAAUCUGAAUAUAAAGGUAUAACUGAAGAGCCUGAGCGCGUGUUAAACUCCUGAUACACUCAUUACUGGUAAAGGCGUCUUUCCUCUGCAGUCAUGUAUCUUAGUACGGUACAUUAAAUAACUCGCUCUUCUGGAUUUGGCUUUUUGCUCCUCCUGUCUUUGCAGAAGAUGUUGUUUAAUCCACUGUUAGCAUCUGUUGACUGUCCAUCACCAAAUAUGAAAAAGCUGAAACUAAAUAUGCCUGUUUUCUUCACUUUGGUUGAUGUCCGUUUUAAUAGAAACCGUCUGAUUGGAGGACUAGAGCUUCUGCACUAACCCCCUAAAAAUCGAAUUUUCUCCAACAGUCGUCUUUGCCCUGAAAACCCCGACCUAAUUCGUACUGAACAUUUUCUCCUCCUAAAAGCUUGUUUUUGCUCAUACAAAGUUUUCACCUUACAGCAAACACGUUCAGUCUUUAAAACAAACCACCGUACACACUUUUGGUUUUUCCCAGAACCAAAUUUGCUCGUGUGCAUCCUGUUUUUUUAUUUAUUACGAGCAGAGCGAUCAAUAUCUGAGAAGAUCAAACACACUCCCUCAGAGUUUGAGUAGUAAUCAGGAGCCACGAGGCAAACACGGCGAGUUUGUGCAUAUAAAUCAAUGUUAUUACUUAACGGUGAUGAUCGGACGCAUAUGCUGAGGAGAUCCCUCUGGGUGCGCGUGAUUCAAAAUAUCAUGGAGCGGCCCCAAAAACACGCAGCUCGAUCCGUCAUCAUAGUUUCAGCUUCUCUUUAAGGUGUUGGUUUGAAAACCAUCACAUCAGCUUUUAAAGGUCUUUGUUUGUGUUUUUUUUUUUUUGCUCCAGCUGAUCAUGACAUUAAAAAUUCACAUCCAAAACACACAAACAAACACACACUCCUCAGCCGCCGCCUGACAUUUCCGAAAUGUUUGCUUUCAUAUGCUUUUUAUUUAGUUUCUCAUAUACUUCUGACCUUCUCUGUGUUAUCUUUAUAAUGUCAGCAGGCAAGUUAUUUUAAAGUUUAUGAGUAGCAUGUGGCUCAUCUGCCAAAUCCAAUCUUUUAAGCGGUGGGACACUUGAAGUCUUUUUAUUAUAAGAGGGAAGGUCAAACGAGCCAGAUGGGGAACGACAGAGCGCAGACGGACUGAAUAAAAACCCGUGAAGCAUUAUUUGUGUCAGCGAACUUCUCUGGUGCAUAAAACCUGUAUUGAUUAAACAGGUAAUUAUCUGGCCAGAUACAGUAAACCCGUUCUGAUUCAUAUAUCUGAGUCACCGCGUGUAAAUAAAUACUCUUUAAAGUGCUGAUGAUGCUCGCUUCAGACGGCGAGCUUCACUUUUAAUGGGCUCCUUCAUUCAACUUCACCUCACAGCCGACACAAAGAAGACAAUCACUAUUUUAAGCGGCUUGACUCUCCUAUCAGUCGAGCCUGAUCUCAUUCGAAAUGCAGCGGAGACAUUAAUCUGUAAAAAAUAUAUGACUUUAGGUGCGAGCGCGGACUUACAGGAGGAGACAAAGCCCGGCUCUGAACUCCUCAUCUGGAUCAGGUUUUACCUCUUUCUGCUUUGAGAAGUCAAGAGUUUAAAAACAGUUUGUCGUUUUACAGGCUGGAUGAGAAAGAAACCAGAUGGUGCUCACGGAGAGGUUUUCCUCAGUCUUGGAUUUGAAGCCUGUCGACCUUUUUCAUGUGACCAGAUGAGCUCAGGUGGUCAGAUCGUCUCACGGCGCCGCACCUGCUGGUGACUUUACACAAUCGAGUCGGCUGUAUGUCAGCGAGUUUAUGGAUCCUGCAUUUGUGUUGGAAAUCAAAACAGAGCAGAGGGAGUUAUUUAGGAGCCUCAAACCUGGACUCACUCAGGGGCCUAUGUUGGUACUGAGGGGCCACUUUAAAGUUCAAGUCCAACAAGUUUAAUUAUAAGAUGUCAAACUUAGAAACAGGAAGCUGUUUGAGAUCUCUGUCUUGAGUUUAGGGCUGCUUUAUUUCCUUUAUGGUCACACAUAGACUGUUUAUAGAAUGGACGCCGUCUGCCUCCUCGCUGGGUGAGAACAGCACACCCUGGUGGCGGGCCGCAGUAUAGGUCAUAAAUCCCACCUCCUCCAGUAAUCUCUAUGGAGCUGUGGACAAACUUUAGAAAUUAAUGACCCAGAACAUAAAUGUUUCUCCCGCCUGGUUCUGAUGUUGACAUGUAGUUACUGUCAGACUGGUUUGUGCUCAAGUCCUCUUUUUUCUGUACAGCUCAUUUUUUAAAAGUUAUUAGGGGCGUACAAAGAUUGUGAAGCUCACCUGGGGGGAUAUGCUGUUUGAGCCGAGUGUCAUCACAGCGUCUCUAGGCGACUCUCCUGCCGAAUGUGUACAACGCUACUGAGCAAUGUUGGUUUUAGCAAGUGGAGAAAAACGCAGGAUUACUGAGAGCUUUUCGGCUUUAAAUGCGUAUACUGGUGGAAGGCGGAACCAAGUAGUCCAUGGUUUAUGCAGUCUAAGGUCUCGGCUCUGUAGCCUUGCAGGGGGCCACUGCAUUGGAUUUUCUCCACUAGUAAGGCCUCCUAUGAGAAACUGUAAUAUGUUUCACCUCUAGAAAGGACUUGGAUGGCCUUUCUUGUCCGACUUUCAUUACUGGGGAGGCACACAAAAUGACAUUAUACCCUGUUCUCUCCUCUAUAGUCGUCUAAAGAGUAGUUUUUGCGUAGCUCACCCGGGGGGAUACGCUGUUUGAGUCGAGCGUCAUCACAGCGACUCUCGGCGACUCUCCCGUCGCAUGCGUACAACGCUACUGUGCAACGUUGGUUUGAGGAAGUGGAGAAAAAACGUGGAAUUACUGAGAGCUUCUCUCGGUUAUUGGACGACCGCUCUACCUCCUGAGCUACUGCCGCCAAGUAGAGUAGACCUUGACAAACCUGCAGCUCGCCAUCUUGGCGAAUGUUUUUUUUUUUAGAAAUCUCCACCUUUGAGGGAGAUUUUACAAACCUUCAAGUUCAGUGAGGUAAACCUGGACCAGAGCACCCUGUCCUGUUUUAAUGUGAAGAGGUGGACUCUCACAAAAACAUGUAUAAGACAUUUCCACCGUACAAACCUAACCGUAGAAAACACAACAAACAGAAAAUCAGUCAAAGUAAAAAGAGAGAUAUUCUGUUUCAUCCUCCUGCACUCCUGCUCCACAUGAAUGUUUUUGUUACCUGCUGCGUUCACACACGGACUCCCAGACUUCACGUGGACAUCUUCCUCGGAGGCUUGUAGGGAAAAAAAGUCUGGAUAAAGUCGGGCCGUUUGCACCUCACAUACGGAAAUUUCCUGCGUGUGUGAAAGAGGCUGAUAUAUGUGUGUGUAAGUUUGUGAGCCGUCGUCAGGCUCCGGCAGCUCUCGUCUCCUCCACCUGCCUGUCCUUGAAGCUACACCGCUCCUGCAGCGUGCUAACAUUUCCCCUUCACCGACUGGGCCCGGGCCCGCAUCAAGCUGCGCCCAUUCAUUGACUUACUAAUGAUUCCCACUGAUAUUCUUCCCCCAACACUGCUGCUUUAAAAGCCUCCGUUCAAUUAUGACACGGGAGUUCGGUUCAAGUUUUCUUCCCCUUCUCAUUAAGUGAAAUAAAAACUUUGCUGACGACGUGCCAUCAAAUUUUCAGCCUUCUGACAAAAUGGAUGUUUGACAUUGAGCGGCGAUGACAGCCUGGAUGUAGUCAUCCUUAAUGUGGUGCUUGAGAUGACGGUGGGUUUGGUCCAAAAUCCUCUCGAGUUGGCUCUCGGAGAUUUCAUGAAUGUUAUUAGAAGGGAAAAGGGUGUGCAGAGGAAAGGGAGGGCGGGUAAUUUUUAUACUCGCUGAAGGGAGAUUAGUACGGCUGUUUGGGGAGAACUGGGAGAGUCAUAUCUCUCCAUCCUCACAUCAAACGCCAUCCUUUUUCUAAUGUUAGCUGUAUGAGUAAGAAUCGUGUUCACGGGGGAUUUGAACUCACAGAUUUGACCAUCGAGGAUUUAUUUAUUCGUAUCUACAUGCAUCACGUGUAAAGUGAGACAUUCAUACACGCACGCUGGUCUGAACCCACUGGAAUACUGUUUGAUUUGUUAUCAGCCGUUGUUGGGAAACAAAGAUAUUAAAUGUUUCAAUCAUGUGUAAUCUUCGGAGAUUUAUCAUAGAGAGGGUUUGUCAAGAAUAUUGAAAAGAUCCUCAUGUCUGGAUAGCUUAGAUUGGGAAGAAGACCCUGAAGAACAACCGUGAUUUUAUUGAUUAGAGGUUUAGAAAAGGUUAAUGAGAUGAUGAAGACGGGAAGCUGCUCUUCCCCGUUUACACUGGCAGCUGGUUUUAGCUUUUUCAAAGGUGGUGUAGUCAGGAUCUGAGUUAGUGCCAGUUUUUAGGAAUCUUGAAUGUAAACUCUACCCCUCCCAACCAGUUUUCCCCUCAGCUCCUCCUCUCAAGCCCCGCCCACAAACAGACGCUCCUGCUCGCUCGUAUCGUUCCAAUUAAAUUCAGAUAUAAUGCAGAUAAAUACUUCAGAUCAUUACAAAUGGGGCCCAGUCAAGGUGAAAGUCAAAAGCAUUGGUGCUACUGUAGAUGCCAACAGACUACCAGCAAACACAAUGUUUGCAGGACUUCUACAACGAGGAUAAAGUGACAUAGUCCAGGACCCGAGGGAGGACAGUUUAGUGAUGGAGCUACAACACGCUACAGCAGGUCCGUUUGAUAAGAAACACUUCUGUUACAGACACUUGUCUUACUUUGUUAAAGCGGUUUACCUGUCCAGCAGAAAGGUUACAGGGUCACCAAGAUCCCCAAGCGUCCCCCAUCGUUUAUGUUGACCCGGCUUUUUAGCUCUUGUCCGGUCUACCUCCGUUUUAAGCGCCCGUUAUUCCUCCAGAGUCUCCGGUAUUUACGUUGUUUUCUUGCUUGUGUUUUCCGAACUUUCUGGUUGGUUUCUACUGUCCGAUGUUGUAGCACGCUAACUUUGUUUGGGCUCCUGAACGACACGGGGGAGUUGGGAACCCAAUCGGGUUGGGGAGGUGGAGAACGGCUUUGUUUACAGUCAGAAAGAGCAGGCUGUACCUUUACCUGUACCUGUUAAAAUACCAUACUAGCACUUUAAAGAGGUUGAACUAGCUUUAAAACAGGAAAUGAUACUGGAUGUUAAAAUAACAUUUAUCCUUCCUCUUCAUGUUUUCUCCUAAAGUAAUCAUGUGUAUUUCCUUCGUCUGUCCUGUAGGGUGAGCUGUUGAGCCCCUGCCGCUGUGACGGCUCCGUGCGCUGCACACAUCAGCCCUGCCUCAUCCGCUGGAUCAGCGAGAGAGGCUCCUGGAGCUGCGAGCUGUGCUACUUCAAGUACCAAGUCCUGGCCAUCAGCACCAAGAACCCUCUGCAGGUAAGAAAAAGAGAGUGCUAAAAACUGCAGUUCCUUAAGUGGCCACUUGGGCUCCAGAAGUCGAGAAAAUGCCAUCGAGGCUCCUAUAAAAACGCCCAUUUUCACAGCAGGACUCCCAUCUUUGGACCAGUGAUCAUCGUCGGUUUGACUCUGUCUCUGUUUGAUUCAGCUAACGAGUCGACACCUCUGAGGUUUCAUCUAUUUGCAUGUACUUAAAAAUAAGGCAGGAAAAUAGCUUUCACACUUGAGUCACUCUCGCUUUGAUGAAUCUGACUCAGGCUGCUCUUUUGAUUCAACUAACAAACACGCCAGCACAGCACGGCUCAGUAUAGCUGAUCUGCCUUCUCAUCAGUUUCUUCACUAAACUCAUGCACUGGUCUUUAAAAAAGCAGACAGGGCUGGAGGAACACUACAAAAACCAGCUGGAGAUAGGACGCGAAUAAAAAAGCGCUUCUCGGCGUGCGGACUAACACGAACGCUGUCAGGCUCUGUGAGGUAUAAUUUCCUUAAAUCCAGGCAGAGAGAUCUUUUUGCAUGAGAGGGGGGGAGUUGCCUCUGACUGUGACAUUACAUAAUAACAUAUACAACAUAAAAACAGUGCCGCAUCAGACCAAACACUCUCUGCUAGAACAAAUCCUGGGCGGUCUCUGCGCUGGGAGGACUGUUUGCCAUAUUGUGCUGACACAUUUUCUCUCUGCGUCACUGUCCUUCUGCCCUCCUUUUUAGAGGCUGCCAGUGGCUCUUAAUUCUAUUGAUAAGGUGCCAUCUAUCACUGUGUGUGAUUGUGUGCGUGGGUAUGUGUUUCUGUGUUUGUGUGCGUGUCUGAAAAUUUUUGUUAAGUGUGCAUAAUAUCCCCUUAUUUGUAUAUUUCGCUCCUUGUUGUGGUUAAAAGUGACUGAAAAUUCACUUUUCUACCCGAGUAUAUUUCCAUUUUAUUCCAACUCGUAUUUCUCUGACUAAAUUUCACUGACAGAGAUUAAAACUGUCUUUAUGUUUUUAAUCUUACAGUAAAGUUUUCCUGAAUCUUUGGUUGUGAACCACUGGACUAAACUUCACCAAACCGCUUGGAGAAAAUGAAUGUGCUGGGGUGCAACCAUGCAACAAUCUGCCCUGCAUGUUUCCCUACCAGUGGAGAAAACAAAACUUCCUCUGCAGAUUUCCUCUAUAGUGGAGAAAAUGCACGGAGAGUGUCCUUUAGGCAUGUGAAAUAUGUUAAAAAAUCUUUCCUUUCUGGUAGAGAAAAUGUUCUUCAGUGAAAUCCUCCUAGUGGAGAAAAGGGUGUCCUUCAUCACCAGACAUAAAAAGUAUUAUACAGGUUACCUUGGUGGAGAAAAUGGGUGGAAAUGCCCUUUAAAAUGUCCCCCAGUGGAGAAAACAUAAAAAUCAUGUCAUGCAGAGAAAAAAAAGUGCGUACAAUUUCCUUCCCUAGUGGAGAAAAUUGUGCGAAAUUUUGCAAAGAAGUAUAUUUAAAAUCUUAUCAUUGUUUUGUUUCCUGUGUUUGGAUGCCAGCUGUAAUCUGAUGUCCUCCAGGAUGAUAACAACACAGUGGAAACUUGAAACCUCAUGUGAAAAAUGUGUGGAAAUGCCCUUUAGAGUGUCCUUCUAGUGGAGAAAACAUAAAAAAGGAAUCCUGCAGGCUUUCUUCCUUGUGAAGAAAAUGCGUGGAAGUACCCUUUAAAGUGUCUUUUUCUCGUGUGGAAAACAUGAGUAUCCUGCAGAUUUUCCUUCUAGUGGAGAAAACACACAAAAAAUCAGUUUUUACUCUUAGUGGAGAAAAUGUAUUAAAACACCCUCAAGAUUUCUCUUCUAGUUUAGAAAACAUCAUUUAGAAUUACAAAGAUUUCCCUUCUAGUGCAGAAAACAUUAAGUAUUAUAAAAAUUUCCCCUCUAGUGGAAAAAACAACAAAGAAAACCUCAGAUAGUUUUUACUCCUAGUGAAGAAAACAUGUAAAAACACCCUCAAGAGUUAUCCUUUAGUAUUGAAAACAUUAAUUAGUAUUAAAAAGAUUUCCCUUCUAGUGGAUAAAACAUAAUUAAGUAUUAUAACAAUGUCCCUUCUCGUGGAGACAACACAAAGAAAACAUAAGUUUUUACUCGUAGUGGAGAAAAUGUGUUAAAAAAAACCCUCAAGAGUUCCCUUCGAGUAUAAAAAACAUCAUGUAGUAUUGGACAGAUUUCUCUUCUAGUAUAGAAAACAUCAUUUAGUAUUAUUCAGAUUUCCCUUCCAGUGGAGCAAACUUUCGAAGCGCCCUUCCCUGGAGGACGAGACGUAUUAAAGUGUCCUCAGAGUGCUGAUAAAGAUAAGCCGGCUGCCCUUUUAGUGGAGAAAGUUCAUUUCACUGUUUUGUGCCUUUUGCGUGUCACCAGUGUCGGCUUCUUUCCUCACCCCUGUUUCAAAGAAGACCUCGAUCUGAUGCUAUUUCACUGGAAAACACUUUUUUAACUUGAUUUAAACUGACACAAAAUACAAGCUGGAAAUCAUUUUACAUUAUUUGAACUUUUCUGUCAAUAUCUGUACCGGUUUUAUGAAUCCUGUGCCAGUUUUCAUGUGUUCAGGUUCUUGGCAGCUUUAUACUUUAUUAAACAGUCAAUAAGAAACUAAUAUCAGCAGCUGGAUUUCACCUCUACUUAAGAAAAGCUCCUUCUGUCGGCCUUUUCGCCGUAGAUUUCCAUUAUCUGUGGCUUUAAGCUUAAAAAGGAUGAUAUGCAACACUGAAAAAAGGUCGAGAUAGUUGGAGAGAAAUAAAGAAAAUGGAUAACUGUGGAUAAAUUUGGAGGGCUUGAAGUGGAUUGUGUUGAUGCGAGUUUUCUUUUCUCCUAAUUGAAACAUUUCUCUCCUUUCAGUGGCAGGCCAUCUCUCUAACGGUGAUAGAGAAGGUGCAGAUCGCAGCCAUUAUCCUGGGUUCCCUUUUCCUCAUUGCCAGCAUCUCCUGGCUCAUCUGGUCCUCCCUCAGCCCCUCGGCCAAGUGGCAGCGCCAGGACCUGCUCUUCCAAAUCUGUUACGGCAUGUACGGCUUCAUGGACAUCGUGUGCAUAGGUAAAAGAAAAACUGGGUCACCGAAAAUGUGCGACCAUAAAACCACACAACAGGGUUAUAAAUAGAUGUAACAGCAGCAGCAGUCGUGGUGGAACCAGACAGGGAGAUAUCUUUAUAAACAAAGGUGGAGGACGAAGUUACGCUGUGAUUUCAAACUUCACAUUCUGGUGGUUGUUAAGGUCAAACUGAAUUACACAGAAUAGAAACCGAAUAAGCAGAUGGUGCAUAGGUAGGAGGCGACAACUUCACUAAAAAGCAGAGCAGCUUUGAGAAUAAAAACUCUGUUUUCUGUGAGCAAACUGGUUCACUGCUCUUGUGUAAUGGUGAGCUGGCUGUGUAAGACAACACUGAGAACAGAUGGCGUCAGAUAUCUGCACCGAGAUUAUUGCCAACUGUCUAUUCGCAUGCUCAGGCGAGAUGGAAAGUUCUUACCUGCUAUGAAGCCGAUCGCGGCUCGCAGGAGCUUUUAGCGCCACGUUUGAUGUAAAGCGGCUCUCGUGCGUCGUCCUUCACCCUCUGCUCCUUCUUCUCCUUUCAGGCCUCAUCAUCCACGAGGGAUCAUCGGUGUAUCGAAUCUUCAAACGAUGGCAGGCUGUCAAUCAGCAGUGGAAAGUACUGAACUAUGAGAAAUCAAAGGACUUGGGCGACCCGGUGAGUUCGAGCAGCAAGGCGGGGGCUCGCGGCUCUCGCGGUAACCCUCACGGUUUGGCCAGCAGCAGCGCGGGGCGACAGAGCAGGAGGCUAAGAACUAUUCUGAACCACCACUGUGGAUACACCAUCUUGCACAUCCUCAGCCAACUGAGGCCGAACGACCCCAGGAUCAGCGCCGCGGCCAACCGGGAGGUGGUGAUGAGGGUCACCACGGUAUGAGACGAAAACAGGGACGUGGCGUUUUGUCGUCUUUGUGUGCAGAUGUAAAUGAGAGCGCGGACUCAUGGACCUGAUCUUUAAGGAAAAAGACUCGUGGAGGCGACAGGAGUCCUGCGAGGAGCUGCCAGACAGACAGACAGACAGUCAGCACACGCCGGAGGAUUUCUCCUCUUGUUUCGUACUACAAAAGGAAGUCUGAUGCUCCUUUUCAAUAAUUUAAGAACUCGUGAAAAAAGGAUGAAAAAGCAUUAAAAGACAUCAAACAUAAAAUGUGAGGAGGCGAGAAAAAAAAGUGUAAACAGGCUUUAUAACCUAACCCGACGAGACGAUGAGACAUUUUUCCAGUUCAAUAUCAGGAUGCACAGAGACAUUUUACUUUGAUUUGAUCCUCUUUCUUUGGUUUGUAUCUCUUCUUUUUUCGGGUUUUCUUUUUUACUACUCACUUUGAUUUUGUACGGAUGUAUGAUUUUAGAGGAAAUCAUGUAACUCCAUACAUGCCAAGCAUUUCCAGACAUCUAUGUAUAAUGCUCUUUGAAAUUUCUACAAGCUAAACAACGACGACGAUGCUGGUAAAAAGACCGAAAACUGAAACAAACAAACAAACAAACAAACAAAUACAUGUCUGGGGGGAAACUCUGAGGUGACAACUGAACAAAUAAGUCUUAAUAAAGUAAAAAAGAAAAAACAGAAAAAAAGAGAAAACAAUAAGAUUCAGAGACACUUAACCUUUCUGCAAUAAAGAGACGUAUGUACAUUUCACAGGGAAUUUUGCAUGGGUAUAUAAUUUUAUUCUUCAUCACAUAACAUAAGCACAUGACAAAUUUGCUCUAUUUCGAAUGGUGCUUGCCAAAAUAAACACUUUGAAGACAUCUGAUUUCAUUGCACCAACUUUUUGUCGACAUGACAAAUGGCAGUGUGUUACAGCUAUUUCAGCUAAAAUACAGAUUGUUGCUGCUGUGUGCUGAUUCAGAUUUGAUAAUAAGUAAACUAUUGGAUUAAAAACGGGGAUCGAUGAUCUCUUAACGCUCUG